AUGUGGAACAUAUUUUCUAACGAAGACCUCUCAUUGAACAUUGAAAAGAGGGAAGAAGAAAGUUCAGAGAAAAAAAACAGGAAAAAAAAAGGGUUUGAAACGGCGAACAACAAAAAUGGACUGACCAAGUCAGGAUCCCAUGGUUCCUCCUUCUCCAUUCAUGACGGCAAAAUAACGAACAGGGCAUAUGACAUAAAAAUAAAGGAAUUGAGAAAAAGUUUCAGAAAAAAAUACAGGAUAGUGCGCACACAAUUAUUGAAAAUAAUCAAAAUUGUGAAGCAGUUUCCUGAGGUGGAUUCAGAGGCAGAGGAGGGGACGACGAAAAGUAGCAACGCGGAAAAGGGUCAGACAGAAAAAGACAAUUCUGAAAGGAACAAUGUUGGAGGACAUAAUGUUGACAAGGGAAAAGUAGGAAAGAAGAAGGAAGAAGACAGGGAAGGCACCACUAACGCGACUAACAACACCACCCCUCAUGGCAGUGACGACCAAACUGUCAUGAUCCAAGUGGAGCUCAUCAAAAAACUGAACAAGAUAAUCGAAAAAAUUGAUGUAGAACAAUUGAAGGCCAAAAAAAGGAUAAAGACAAAGCAAAAUAAUAAGGGAAAAAAUGAAGAGGACGGAUUAAAAAAUAAACCAGCCAAACAAAUUUUCACAGCGAAGCCUUUUGACACAUCUCCAAAAAAUGAUUCGCGCAAAAAUAACAUAAACGUCGUUAAAAAUUUCCCGAAAAAGAAUGUCCCCUCCAAAUCAACAAAUAAUUUCCAAUAUUAUAAUCCUCAAAAUAUGGAUGAAAAUACAGGGGGGAUGAUUUUAUUACAGAAUGAGCAAGACAGCUUGAAGAAUGAGUACUUUCAAAAUAGCGGCAUGUCUUUUUACAGUAAAAAAAACGAGGGGAAUGUGUAUGACGACACUGAUGAGAUGGUAAUGACGGACUUUUAUAUGUACUCUUCUACCCUGAAUGCGGGUUCGAUUCGGAAGAAGAAAAAGUCCCGCUGGCUGGGGGAUCACAUGAAUCAAGUCACCACGAAUGAUAACGGUGGGUACGGAAGAAACAGCUACAACCAUUUUGGAGGAAAUAACAACUAUGGCUACUCGGCCAAAAAUCACGACUACGCUAGUAGACAUUACGACUACGCGGGCGGGAGCCUCCACUGCAAUUACGGAAGUCACAACUACGACGGUGAAAACUAUGCGAGCGUUACGUACAGCAGUGGGAACUACGCUAGCGGAAGCUACAACUACGAAGCGAAUAAUAACGCACCCUUUGGAGGCAAGGGAAACCAUUUGGGUGGACAUAGCAACCAAGAAAAAGGCGCAGGAAACAAAAUCUUCUUUCAAAACAUGGCGUCCACAUCUUAUACGCAGAGUUUCAAGGGUGAGGUAGUACCCCUCCAUUACGAGCCCCAGAAUUUUCCCAACGUAGCGGACGGGUAUCACACAAAAAACAAAAACAAGAGAGGUAAUAUGAACAAUAAAAAAAAGGGCUACAAGUUUGCCAAGGAUGAAAAGAUUAGGGGCUUGCUGCGCACAGCAACGAAUGAAGACGAUUUGGUGAAGGCCAUCGGUUUUGCUAAGAAUGCGGGCCUUCACUUUGAGGCCAAAUUGGGCAGCAAAAAACUUAACAAGCUCAAGUUAGAGGGUAAAGACGGUGCUUCCCUAGAGGUUUGA